CCGUCGCUCCACGUCGCCCGCCCCCACGUCACGUCGCCCCGCCGACGCCUCCCGCUGAUGUCCGGUCGCUGGUCGCUGGUCGCUGGCGGACAUGUGGGCGGUUCUCCAAGAACUGUUGGGGGUCCACGCGGGGCUCGUUUUGGGCGGCGCCCGAGGCUUGCAUAGCUCGCCGGUCUCUUGCCGCAAGAACCUGCUCAAGAAAUUUGCUUCCAAGACUAAGAAGAAGUUCUGGUAUGAAGGUCCUUCCCUGGGCUCUCACUUGACUUACAAGCCAUCCCAGCUGGAAUCCCUAGCGAAGAGCACCUCCAAGAGAGCCAGGAAGGAAGAUCACGUGCGCCUGAGAGCCCUGAACGGCCUCCUCCACAAAGCGCUGACGGGGUUGCUGUGUACCCCUGAAGUGAGCCAGGAGCUCUGCGACCUGAAUGUGGAGCUCUCCAAGGUCUCUCUGACUGCAGACUUCUCCGCCUGCCGAGUGUCCUGGAAGGCCAGUCUCUUUGCAGCUCAGAAUGCGCACACAGAGGCCGUGCUGCGGAGGAGCGCUGCACACAUGAGGCAUCUUGUGAUGUCCCAGCAGAUCCUGAGGAACAUGCCGCCGAUUGUGUUUGUUCAGGACAAAAAAUACGCAGCAGUAGCCGAGGUUGAUCGGUUACUGGCAGUUGCUGAUUUUGGACCCCGUGAUGAAAAAGGAGAGUUGGUGCAAGAUGACUUUAGGGACCCCAAGGCCUUGGAUGCAGCAUCGCCGUGUGAUACCCCGGGCCCUGCCGUGCCCUCGAGUCUGUGUGGAAUUGACCACGAGGCGCUCAACCAGCAGAUCCUGGAGUACAAGAGGGGCCGGGGCCGGGGGGGCACCAGCCCAGCACGGCCAGAGCAUGUGGCUGUGCUGAUGAAGCAAGUGAGAAAGAGGAGGGCUCAACCCCCCGUGGACGAUGACCUUUCUCCCAAGAGCUUCCUGUUGGGGCUGGAGGGUGAGGAGCCCCUGGACGGCAGAAGGGCCCUUCCUGAGGAGCAUGGCCUGGGGUGUGAGUGGGGGCUCCGGGGAGUGGAGCAGGAACUGGAGGCAAAGGGAAAGGAUCGAGGUGACUGUUAGGGGUCAUGGAGGGAGAGGGUCUUGACCAGAUGCCCGUGUGCAUGGGGCAGGAACUGGCCUGGAAGCCCUCGUGUAGGGGCGGUCUGAGCCCUUUUCCUUGUGUUACUGUGAGAAGAGGCAUGGGUUGUGGAAAGUGUAAAUAGCUCUUGGAUCCACGCAGUGCAGUCAGUCCUCGUUAUCCGGGCUUUGUAUUUGAAGGUUUGUCUGCUUAUGUGUGGCAGAGCAGGGCUUUGCAGCCACCCGGCCCUACCCCGCCGUGCUGGAGCUGGAUGACCUCUCUGCUGCAUUUCCUGGUGGUCUGGAUACCAAUGGCGUCUGUUUGGGGUUGCCGGGAGGGUUGCAGGGUGACGUGUGUGAAGGCACUUAGCAGAGCCUUGCAUGCAGAGAGCCCUCAUCUUGACGCCACCUUCCGAGGAAUUUGGUUUCUGCGACAAGCUGAGGGAAGGAGGGGUAAUUGACUCGGUGGUGGACAUGCGCAGAACCUGCUUUGUGAGGCCAUGCAGAGCCGGACGCAGGUGCUCCUGUUUGAAGCUGGUGGCCCUGCGGACGUGGCAGGAUUGUGCACGUGGCUGGGUUUUCAUGUCCCGUGACGUCCCAGAUGACAGGAGCAGAUCAGAGUCCUGCCUGUUUGAGGUAGAACGUGUUCAUCGGUACCCUGGCGUGCCAGCGGUAAACCUGAAGAGGUUACGUGCGGACAGCUCUGCAUCCAGAAGUCAGUCCUGCUGGGAAGGCAGAGGAGGCAGUCCUCCACGCUUAGGGUUGAGCGCACCUGUGUGGCUGUCUGCAUUACUGUGGGUACCAGAUGGCUCUGGAUUUGAAUAAAACUCGAACAGGAACCUGAAGAGACACAAA